UUUAUGGCAGAAACUUAUUGCCCAUCACAGAAUCGCAAACUCUAUGGCAGUCCAUGCCUUCUAUGCAGUAAGCAGCAGAGGCAGUAGUAAGCUUUCUGAGCUCUACGCGUCGGUUUCGUAGUGAUUGUUCAAUAAAAUAUUACAGAAGCAAAUACACUUUCUCAUGAUAAUUAGUAAUACAGGAUAAAGAACAUCAUGAAUGACGAAUUGGAACAAUCAACACUCAGCAAGGCUGUGAAAAAUGUGAAGCAAACACUUUUGAAGAAGCAAAAAAAACCUGAGACACAAAUACCAAUAGAUGCACCAAUACCACAGGUUGAAGAAGUUAAGCUUGAUAGAGGUGUAGUUUAUAUUGGUCACAUCCCUCAUGGAUUCUUUGAAAAAGAAAUCUUCAGUUUCUUCAAGCAAUUUGGAAAGGUCACACGAGUUAGGGUGGCAAGAUCCAAAAAGACUGGUAUAAGCCGAGGCUAUGCAUUUGUAGAGUUCUUGCAUAGUGAAGUGGCCAAAAUUGCUGCAGAGUCCAUGAAUAAUUAUCUAAUGUGUGGACGACUUUUAAAAGCCACUUAUAUCCCUCCUGAGAAACAGCACAGUCGAUAUUUUGCUGGUCAACAAUGGAGUAAGAAAAGUUAUCCCAAGAUUAAGGCAAGAGAAAUAACCAAUCGUCGUAAAAAUACAAAUGUAGACAAUAAAGUUGAGAAUGUUCUCGUGCAAAGAAGUUUGAGCAAAUUGGCAAACAUGGAGAAAAAACUUGAAGAAGCAGGAAUCGUAUAUAGAAUCGCACCAGUUGAAACACCUAAGCCUACUUUAAUAAUCAAGAAAAGAAAAGCCACUCCUUCCAAACCACUUUUAAAGGCAAAGAAAAGAAAAAUUGUCGCUCAACCUCCAAUAGGUCUAAAAACAGAGGAAAAUAUUGUUCCUGUAGAGCCAUCAGCAAAAAAUGAUAAAAAGAAGAAACUUGUUCCGCCGGAGCAAACAAAAAGAAAGAAUAAAAAUAAAGAAAUUGUUUCCCUUCAGUCAUUAGAAAAAAAGAUUAAACCAAAAGCAACGGUUUCCCUGCAGCCAUCAGAAAAAAAAGUGAAGCAAAAAGCGACUAUGACCCUAGAACCGUCAGAAAAAGAAAUAAAAAAAAAAGAAAUUGCUCCUUUAGAAACAUCGAGUAAAAAAAAUAAAAAAUCAGAGAUUGUUCCCGUGCCUAUAAAGAAAAACAAGCAAAAACCGGUCGCACCAAAAUCUUUAAUCAAAAAGGGAAAAAAGAAAAAUCCAACAACAUAAAUUGCAAUCAAUCACAUUGGUAAGAUGGUUUCAUAUUAAAAUCUCUUGUCGAGAAGUUCAAUAUUGUGUUUGCUUUUGCAAUGUCUACAAUGUAAUAAAAAAAAAUCUAAAACGGUUAA